CCUCUCCUCCUUUCCCUCUCUUGGCGCGGCUAGCAGCAGAGCUAACGGUGGCGGUGAUGGCGGAGCUGCUGCAGGGACAGGCCUCGAUGAACCAGCCGGGGCUCCAGUCAGACGGCCUGGUCGAUGUUUUACAGAGGGCCCGGCAGAUGGUGGGUAAGAUGGGUGGAGAAACAAUGUCGCACCUCAGCAGUUCCUCAGGAAGUGUCGAGUCCUCGCUUUACUACUCUGGCCAGAAACGACCUGGAGAAGAUGGAGCAGGUAACCAGCUAUCAGCCAUGAGCCACCAGAGCAGGGUGGUCACAGAGGAGUACAAAGUCCCAGACAGGAUGGUGGGCUUCAUUAUCGGUCGAGGAGGAGAACAGAUCACCAGGAUCCAGAACGAGUCUGGCUGUAAGAUCCAGAUUGCUGCCGACAGCGGCGGUCUGUUCGAGAGGCCUUGUUCGCUGACGGGAGCUCCAGAGUGUAUCGAGCAAGCGAAACGUCUUCUGAUCCAGAUCGUGGAGCGGUGUAGAAACGGACCGGGUUUCCAUGGUGACGGGGAAGGCGGAACGGCAGUGCAGGAGAUGCUGAUCCCGGCCAGCAAAGUGGGUCUGGUGAUCGGCCGAGGAGGGGACACCAUCAAGCAGCUGCAGGAGCGAGCUGGAGUGAAGAUGAUGAUGAUCCAGGAUGGCCCGAUGCCUACUGGAGCCGACAAACCGCUCCGCAUCUCUGGAGACCCGUUCAAAGUCCAGGCAGCGAGAGAGCUGGUGCUGGAGGUGAUCCGAGAGAAGGAUGGAGACUUCAGGUCAGGACGCAAUGACUUUGGAGGACGGCUUGGAGGAACUAAUCUAGAUGUUCCAGUUCCCAGGUUUGCUGUUGGCAUUGUGAUUGGGAGGAACGGAGACAUGAUCAAGAAGAUUCAGAAUGAUGCAGGAGUCAGAAUCCAGUUUAAGUCAGAUGAUGGUAUUAGUCCUGAACGGGUUGCCAUGGUGAUGGGUCAACCAGAGCGCUGCCAGCAUGCCGUUCACCUCAUCAAUGAGCUCAUCCAGACUGCUCAGGAACGAGAUGGUUUCAGCUCAGCCCUGCGUGGAGGCCGGGUCAGAGGUCGUGGUGACUGGACCAUGAGCUCUCCUAGUCCUCUACAGGAAGUUACCUACACCAUCCCUGCCGACAAGUGUGGUCUGGUCAUUGGCAAAGGUGGAGAAACCAUCAAGAGCAUCAACCAGCAGUCUGGAGCUCACGUGGAGCUGCAGAGGAACCCGCCGCCCGCCACCGACCCAAACACUCGGGUCUUCACCCUCAGAGGCACUGGCCAGCAGAUGGAGUUGGCCCGCCAGCUCAUAGACGAUAAAAUUGGGGGUUCUGGUAUCAUCAGUAACGGCGGGUUUGGAUUCGGCCCCUUCACCCAGGGCACAGCUGCACACCAGAACAGCGGUCAGACCUUCCUCACCGGAGUUUGGGGAAACACCUACCAGACAAACUGGCAGAACCCAGGACAGCAAGACCCAGGUCAGCAAAACCAGCCCCAGAACCUGAUGGCAGACUACAGCAAGGCCUGGGAGGACUACUACAAAAAACAGAGUCAGUCGUCUCAGCAGAGCUCAGUGCCGGACUACACUGCAGUGUUAGCAGAAUACUACAGACAGCAGCCCUACUUGUGGAACCCCACCCAGAUACAGGAUCACUAAGGUUCCUCCCAUCUCCUGCGGCUCGAGGCAUCGAAUUGUUGACAGCAACCGAAUCGGGUUUCUUCUCGAAUUUCUGCCACUUCUUCCUUCCUUUUUGUAGAAAAACACAAAAAAAAACUGAGGAUUAACGGAAAAUCAGCCUCUCGUUUCUGUUUUUUAACCCUUCAGAGUCGACUAGCCUCUGGUCUCCACAGCCUAGACCUGCUUUUUCUGUUUGUUUUUUUUUUUGUUUUUGUCAGACUUGAACUUAAAGAUCUAUCAGUGUGCUUUGAACAAAACAAAUCCAGUAUAAUCUAUAUUUUGUCUAGUUUUAUUUUUCUGAUGAGAAACGGUAAAGACCUAGCAGUCCUAAGUAAGAAAAUCAGAUUUAUUAUUAUUAUUAUUAUUAUUAUUAUUUUGUUCAUGAUAAUGUUUUAAAGCAUGCGUCAGAUUGUGUUGACUCAGUUAUGUUUUUUUUUGGACAUAGAUAUAUUUUAAUAGCGUCGGAUGGAAAUGUGAUGUUUUGCCGUCGGAUAAAACUGUAUUUUGUACUAAAUCUCUUCGCCGGGUCUGUUUCUACUCUGAUUUUACCUGUUGAGUCGCCAUCUUGGAGGUGCAAUGACGCGAUUGUGUUUUGGUUUGAUGAUGGUUCUUAUUCCUGUAUAUCAUUAGUGAUUUCUUUAGGGUUUAUGAUGUCACGAUGAAUAAAUGAUUUAUAUGCGUUGUCUAAAGCCAGAUCUCUCUGUGGUCAAACACAAAUUUAAUCUGUUUCCACUUUUAUUAAAAAAAAACGGCUCAUUUUCUAUUUUCUUACAGAGUCAAACUUUAUUUUUGCCGUUAGUUUGCUUUUCUACUGAUUUGUUUGGAGCUAAUCUAUGAAGAAACUGAUGAUGUUGGUGUUUUAGCUGAACCGUACAGAAUAAUGUGUGUUACCUCAGCUGCGCGUCCCGACGAGCGUCUGCUAGCUUGUUGUUCUCUGAGCUGUUUGAACUUGUCGUCUGUUGUUGUUUUAGGGAUCGGGUCUUACUGAUGUUCGGUGAGCGAAUGUGAAAAUUAAAGCUUUGUGUAGCCGUUGGCUAACAUGCUAGCAGGAGAUCUGAGUGAACUGAAGCUUUCGACUCGGCCCGACGGGAAUCAUUUUAACAGAAAUAUUGUGAAUUUGUUUUACUGACAGGUUUUAUAAAUGAUGAGCUGUCAGGAAAUAAAGUGUCUUCAAAGAA